CAUAAGCAGACAAAUUAGGUCACAAAACGUACAAAUGUCUUCACCUGCUCCGCUCCGCACCUCCCCUCCCCUUAUAUAUUCACCUCAACACUCACAGGCCGGCAACACCGCCACCGCUCUAAACAUGUCCGAGCAGCAGAAGAUCCAUCCCGCCGACCUGCCGGUGUCUCUGUUGCUCCAUCCUCACCCUCAUAAUCAUCAUCAUCGCCAUCGCCGCCACAGCCGGCAUUCUUUACCUCAUCUUCCGCCCCAAACUUCCCACCUACUCCGUUGACCGCCUCCGCAUCACCUCUUUCUCCAUCGACCCUAAUUUCAACGCGCGCGCUGGCUUCGACCUCACGGUCACCGCCUACAACCCUAACAAGAAGAUCGGGAUCUAUUACGAGGACGGAAGCAGUCUCAGCGUUUUGUACGAUGGGGCGAGUUUGUGCUCGGGGAGCUUUCCGGUGUUCUAUCAGGGGCAUCGGAAUAAGACGACGGUGACGACGUCGCUGAAUGGGGAGGCGCAGUUGGGCAGUCAGCUUAUAUCGGUGUUGCAGCAGCAGCAGCAAACGGGGAGUGUUCCGUUGAAGUUUAAGGGGGAUGUGCCGGUGAAGGUGAAGCUCGGGGGAUUGAAAUUGUGGAAGGUGAAGGCGAGGGUGAGGUGUGAUCUCGUGGUUAAUAGUCUGACUGCUGGCAAUUUGAUUAGCCUGAAGGCUAGUAACUGUAAGUUCAGAUUAAAGCUCUGAUUUUUUUUUUUUUUUUGGUUUUUGUUUGGGUU